GGGGGCGUCAAUCGAGAAAUGAGAUCAGACUCGACGCGCGUCUGUCUGCUCGAGCCUCGUGGCUUUGUCAGCGAUCAUCUAGAGUCUUCCGCGGUCUUCGAGAGAGUGGGGGUGCGUGAGGAUCGUCAAGUCGGCCGCAGAGGCGUCCAGAGCUAUUACAUACUACAUGCUGAUGAUUUCAGAGCAGCAUGAUGCUACAGUUUCUACGGGGAAGUCUAGGGGGGAGAGCUACUCUGGAUGAUGACGAUGAUGAUAACCUUGAGUAAGUAAGUAUAUUGCAUAAUUGGAGCGCGCAGACGGCCCGGGAUAUAAUAUAAUACAUAGUAGCCGGCCGCGCAUCGCUCUCAACAUAGAUUCACAUCGCCCGAGAAGUGGACCAACGACUUCAUUUCCUGGCCCUCCGGCAUUUCCGGGCUCUCGUCAAUGACCAGCCUCUCCUUGAGCCACUCCAGCCGCUCCCCAUCCAACAGCACCCGGUUCGCUGAGCCCAGGAAGAGGCGCUGGAUCGGCGCGCUGAGGGCAAUGCGUGCGGCGACGAGGCUGCACAACAUCGCCUGGUGUUUCUCCUGGAACUGGGCCUCGCUGAAGGACAGCGUGUCGAGGUUCGGCCACGGCAUGUGCGUCGCGCUCUCCGAGUUGGGCAGCGGGACGAGGAACUCGAGCGCGUCGUCCGUGUAGAGCGAGUUCGAGCACGCGAACGCGCGCACGCCGGGGAACAGGCGCGCGAUGUCGUGGUAGUCCGCGAUCGAGAACGUGUUGUCGAGGAGCGUCAUCGACGCGAGCACGGGGAAGCGCGAGGCGGGCGGGAGCUGCAGGAAAUACGCCAGAUCGCCCUCGUCAAAGUUGCACAGCCGGAUCGUGUCGAGUUUGGUCGCCGUCAUCGCGGACAGGAUGACGUCAGCGUUGCCUCCGUUCGAGAGGGCGAGAUAGCGCAGCUCGGGCAAGCGGAAGGGCAGGACGUCGAUCGGCGCAGCGAGUCUUCUGUGCGGCCGCUGCGAGUGUCCGAUGAACGCAAAAUUGACGAGGGAGAGACAUUGCUGGAGGAUCUCGCAUAUCGACCGAAAUGGAAGCGGGAAUCGCUCCUCGACGAGGCAGAGCUGGGUGAUGCCCGACAAGGGAAGGCGGAGCAGAUUCAGUACGGGGCCGUUGAGCCGGACAGAGGACAGCAGCGGUGACCCUCCCGCAAGCGAAAGCAGAGGCUUGCCGCCGCCGGCCGCAGGAUUAAACUCGGUGUCCAGCGGUGUGAAGAGAAAAGUGCGCAGCUGCGGCAUAUCGAACGCGCGGAAGUGCGCGCUGACGAGCGAGUCCGGGGCAACGAAGUCCGUGACGACAUGCAAGCGGACGAUCCGGCCCAGACACGGCCGGAUGCGCGUGAGCAGCUCCGCGCUCCAAAAGUCCCUCAUCAGGAACAGACAGACCCCCAGCGCGUGGCCACACGACCUCUGCAGAUACACAUCGAGUUUCUCCGGGGGCUCGAACGGCGACGCCGUCACCCGGGACCACAGCUCGGCGAGACGAAGCGCCGCCGCCCGCCACCGCCGGUUGACAUGGGACAGCGCGAUCUCGAGGGGAGGGGUCGCCGACGGGAAGGCGGCGGGGUGGGGAAAUUGCCGGACGCCCGCUUGGAAUAUGAGCUGCAGGAUGUCCUCCGGGAUGCGCGCUUCGAUGCACCCUAGCGAGUCGUGUGCGGCGCCAUUGCAGCGCGAUGCUUCCUCUUCAGCACGCAUGAUAUUCAACCUAGGGGACCGUUCAGCACGCGUUCACUUCGACGAGAUCGGCCCCGAUCUCCCCACCCCAGCCAAUUAUCUGACCUGCACCGGCAGGAUAUCUACUGGGAAAACGACAUGGUGGGAUAGAGACGAUCGAUGGGAUGGGAUGGGAUCAUCUUCCAUCAUCGAUUCAGCAGAGGAUAAGAAUCCGAUUUGGGUCGCAUGAUCCGCUUGGGUUAUCGCUUCCCAAAAAGGAAACCGUGCUGGGCCGCACUGGUACGCAAAUGAUGGCGAGGCCGCUGGAACGAAAGUGCCCCCGACUCCCCUGGUCUGAGUAUGACAUCUACGUACUACUUCACAGCUCCUCGGUCAGCCUUCGACCCUAUCACGCCCAAACCUUCCUCGCAAGAUCAAUCGGUCCGAGAUAAACUCAGCCUAUCCGAUUUGGCAAGCCAGAUUGAGUGCCGCAUCCACAUCGAAUCUGGUCAGAGCUCGACUUUUUCAACUUUUUUUUUUUUGGAAAACUUUGAAAAAAAAAAAACAGAAAUCUUUUGAAAAUGUGAUGCGAACCAGGCGAGCACAUUCGUUGGACAAGCUAUGGUUGCGGGUAUUAGGUCCUAGCUCUGAUUGACGCCUGUAAAAUACACAGCCUUUAGCCGGGGGUCUAUUUGACCGUAAUUUACCAUGCUAAUUAGCGGGAGGGCAUACUAGAGA